CACAACUUUCUCUAACGAAUUUGAUCAUUUUGCAGCUGCUUUCGAUCCUCUAGAUCCAACUGGAAACAUAACGAUCAAAUGGGAUAUUAUGUCGUGGACUGCCGAUGGUUAUGUGGCAGCGGUAACAUUGAACAACUUCCAGAUGUACCGCCAUAUCCAGACCCCGGGUUGGACCCUAGGGUGGACCUGGGCUAAGAAAGAGGUCAUAUGGUCCAUGGUUGGGGCUCAGACCACAGAACAGGGAGACUGUUCCAAGUUCAAAGCCAACAUGCCUCAUUGUUGCAAGAAAAUCCCGACCGUCGUCGACUUGCUACCCGGUGUCCCUUAUAACCAACAAUUCUCAAAUUGUUGCAAAGGCGGGGUUGUGGCGGCAUGGGGCCAAGAUCCGUCGGCUUCUGUCUCGGCCUUCCAAGUCAGCGUUGGGCUAGCCGGGACUACAAACAAGACGGUCAAACUACCGAAGAAUUUUACACUUUUAGGUCCUGGACCCGGGUAUACUUGUGGACCGGCAAAGAUUGUUCCUUCCACUACUUUUCUCACUCCUGAUCGCCGGAGAAGAACACAGGCCUUAAUGACAUGGAACGUGACGUGCACGUAUUCGCAAUUUCUGGCUACGAAACACCCGAGCUGUUGUGUAUCAUUCUCAUCGUUCUACAACGAAACUAUCACCCCGUGUCCUACGUGUGCGUGUGGUUGUGAGAAUAAGAACAAAUGCGUCAAGAGCGACUCUAAGCUUCUAAGCGUUGUUGGGGUAAAUACGCCAAAAAAGGACAAUUCACCGUUACUUCAGUGCACUCGGCAUAUGUGUCCCGUGAGGGUUCAUUGGCACGUAAAGCAAAACUACAAAGAUUAUUGGCGGGCAAAGGUGGCGAUAACGAAUUUCAACUAUCGGAUGAACUACACACAGUGGACUCUCGUGGUUCAACAUCCUAAUCUCAACAAUGUUACGCAAGUUUUUAGUUUCGACUACAAGCCACUCGUUCCAUACGAGUCUAUAAAUGAUACGGGUAUGUUCUACGGGAUGAAAUUCUUCAACGACCUACUAAUGGAAGCAGGACCGAAAGGAAAUGUGCAAUCAGAGGUUCUACUACAAAAGGACCAAAACACGUUCACUUUCAAGCAAGGAUGGGCGUUCCCUAGGAAAGUCUACUUCAAUGGUGACGAGUGCAUACUUCCACCACCGGAAUCAUACCCGUUCCUACCAAAUUCUGCUCACAAAACCCUAUUUGGUCCGUUAACAUUAUUGGUUUCUUUGUUUGUCUUCUUGCUCGUUUAAUUUCGAACACCAUUUAUCU